AUGACCCACGAGCCAAACACCUCCGACGGCUGGCACGGCAUCAUCUCCCCAACCAGCCAACAUCCCCCCUCCAAAGACCGCUACCACCUCUACAUCGAUACAGGCCUCUUCUGCCCCUUCGCCCACCGCGUAAACUUCAUCCGCCACCUCAAAGGCCUCACAAACAUAAUCCCUAUCUCAGUCGUGUAUCCGUACCCCAAAGGCGACGAAAAAGGAUGGCCGGGCUGGCGAUUCCCCAAAUCGGAUGACGAGUAUCCGAACGCGACGGUGGAUAAGCUGUUUGGGAGUGCUUAUCUACAUGAGGUGUACUUUCGGUCUGAUCCGGGGUAUAAAGGGCGGUAUUCGGUGCCGGUUUUGUGGGAUGAGAAGGAGGGGACGAUUGUUAAUAACGAAAGUGCUGAGCUCCUCCGCUGGCUCCCAGACGCAUUCAACUCGCUCCUCCCUGACGAUCUAGCAAGAAUAACCCUCUACCCACCGCAACACCGCUCCCGCAUCGACCAAAUAGCGUCAUGGAUGCAAUCCGACCUCAACAUCGGCGUGUACAAAGCCGGCUUCGCCAAAACCCAAGACGACUAUGACAAAAACAUCAUCCCGGUCUUCGGCGCCCUCAACCGCCUCGAGGAGAUCGUUUCCAGCAAUAACGGGCCGUUCGUGCUGGGCACCGACAUGACCGAGCUGGACGUCCGGUUAUACGCGACCCUCAUCCGCUUCGACACCGUCUACGUGCAGCAUUUCAAGUGUAACCUCGGCACGAUCCGACACGAUUACCCCGUGCUGAAUAACUGGUUGAAAUACAUGUAUUGGAAUGUGGAGGCCGCGCGGGCGACGACGGAUUUUAAGCAUAUCAAGGAAAAUUAUACGAAGAGUCAUGGCGAUAUUAAUCCACUGGCCAUCACGCCGAUGGGACCGUAUCCGGAUGUCGAAGAGGGGGUGGAGAUGGAUUUGAGUCGAGUAAGAGUAGGGGGCGUGAAACAUGCGGAUGUGAUGGAGUAUCAGAAACGAUUGAUUUGA